UUUCGUAAACAAAAUCAGGAGUGGGAGGUGGGGGGUUAAACCGUUUGAAUUCAAAUCAGUUCUUGAGCGUGUACAGUGUAUAUGUACUAAAUUAGGAUAUUUGACUUACCUAGGGGAACCUGGUAAGCCUGGCCACGCUGGACUCGUUGGUGUUCCUGGAUAUACGGGCCACCCUGGUCGGGCCGGUGAUAGAGGUGUUCGUGGGCCACCUGGAGAUAACGCGAUAGCUGGAGAGGGAAUGAAGGGACCUCAAGGUUUGGCUGGCCCGCAGGGAGCAAAAGGACCACCUGGAACACCCGGUGAGGAUUUACUAAGUGGUGGACUACUAAUACUCGAGUCGAAUUACCUUUUACCCUUGCAGUACGGGGCUUACGGAGAACGCGGUAGCGCUGGACCACCAGGAGAGCCAGGAAUGCCAUCAACAUACUGCCCUUCGGAUUGCGGUGUCAAUACAAUAAUUGCCGGAACAGAAUCUGUGGCGCAAUUUGAGGUAUCUGACAAUAGUAACUUCUGUUAUUCUGCUUGUCCUGGGUAAUC